CCCACGCCGCCCGCGCCCAAUCCCAGCGCGCCGCGCUGAUGACUCAUCAGUCGCCGGGAAGACGCCUCGAAAAAAGGGCCCCAACUGCGCCCUCAGCCAAGCCCAGCGCGCCCCAAACCCCCCAAAACGGCGCCGCCCGGCUGGUUUUGGGCUGUCAGCAGCUGUCCGGCGCUGGGCAUGGAGCGUGUGCGGGGAACUGGGGCCGUGCUGGCGGUGCUGGUGGUGCUGGGAGCCCCCCCGGCUGCGGGCGAGGAGCUGUCGGGGGUGUUCCAGUGGAUGGGAAAGGCCGAGUGUUACUUCAUCAACGGCACCGAGCGGGUGAGGUACGUGGACAGGUACAUCUACAACCGGGAGCAGUACGCCCACUUCGACAGCGAUGUGGGGGUCUAUGUGGGGGACACCCCGGACGGAGAAUUCUGGGCCAGGCAAUGGAACAGCAACCCCGUAAUUCUGGAGUACGAACGGGGUGAAGUGGACAGGCUCUGCCGGCACAACUACAAACUUGGUGCUCCUUUCAUCCUGGAGAGGAGAGUGCCCCCCAGCGUGUCCAUCUCGCUGGUGCCGUCGAGCUCCCAGCCCGGCCCCGGCCGCCUGCUCUGCUCCGUGAUGGAUUUCUACCCUGCGCCGGUGCAGGUGCGGUGGUUCCAGGAUGGGCAGGAGCUGCCAGAGCACGUGGUGGCCACCGACGUGGUCCCCAACGGGGACUGGAGCUACCAGGUGCUGGUGCUGCUGGAAAUCCCCCCCCGGCGCGGGGUCACCUACAGCUGCCAGGUGGAGCACGUCAGCCUGGAGCACCCCCUCAGCCGGCACUGGGGUACGGGCUGA